AUGCUGGCCGCGCGGCGAUGUGCCGGGCGAGCCGCCGGACUGCGGGCGCCGCGCCGGGCGGCGGCUCGCUGCCUGGCAGCCUCCUCGGGCGUCUGCGGCCGGGAGCCGCUGCUCUUCACGCCAGGGCCGCUCACGACCUCGGCGGCGGUGAAGCAGGCCAUGCUCGUGGACUACGGCAGCCGCGACGUGCUGUUCACGGAUACCGUUUCCGUGGUACGGUCUGGCCUGCUGAGGGGGGCCGGGGUGUCGAAGGAGGCGGGCUACGAGUGCGUCAUCAUGCAGGGAGCUGGCACCAUGGGGGUCGAGGCGAUGUUGGGCACGGCUGUGCCGCGCGAGGGCGGCAAGGUCCUCAUCCUGGUCAACGGAGCCUACGGGCACCGCCAACCUCGGCUGGCCCGGCCAAUCUGCCGGUACCUCGGCAUCGAGCACGAGUGCCUGGAGUGGCCAGACGACCAGGCGGUGUCCGUGGCGGAGACCCUGGAGAGGCUGCGCCAGGACGCGGGGGCCUCUGGGCGCCCAUCCUUCACCCACGUCUCGGUGGUGCACCACGAGACCACGGCAGGCGUGAUAAACCCGCUGCAGGAGCUCGCGGCGGCCGUGAAGCGGGAGUUCGCCGGCGUGUCCCUGCUGGUGGACUCCAUGAGCGCGUUCGGCGCCUACGACCUCCAGAUGGACUGGGGCAUCGACUACGCCGUGAGCUCGUCGAACAAGUGCAUCGAGGGUGUCCCGGGCUUCUCCUUCGUCCUCUGCGGGCGCGCCGCGCUGGAGCGGGCGGAGGGCAACGCGCGCAGCCUCUCGCUUGAUGUGCACGCCCAGUGGAAGGGCCUGGAGGCCUCUGGGCAGUUCAGGUUCACGCCGCCCACGCACUCCCUGCUGGCGUUUCGGCAGGCGCUGUCGGAGUGGGAGGCCGAGGGCGGAGUGGCUGGCCGGGCGGGGCGGUAUAAGGCAAAUUACGAGACCAUCAGGCUCGGCAUGGAAGAGAUGGGCUUCAGAUUCUACGUCGAUGAGAGCAUCCGCUCGUACUUGAUCAGUACGUUCAUUGUGCCCGAGCACAAUAACUUUCAUUUCCAGACUUUCUACGACGCUCUGAGUGGACUGGGCAUGGUGAUAUACCCUGGAAAACUUGCUCGCGGGGAGUCCUUUCGAUUUGGGACGAUUGGUCGAAUAUUCCCACGCGAUUGUGAGCUGCUGCUCGCUGGAGUGCGAACGGCAUGCAAGCAGAUGGACAUACAGUUGCCGUUGAGAUGA